AUGGCACUGAACAUUGCCCUCCGCCCAUCCCCACCGGGCUACGCCGGAUAUGCUCGUGCCCGGCCGGCUGUCACUACCCCUGCGGCUCCUUACAAGGUGACGCCGGCAGCCAAGCCCCAGCCCAAAACACCAAUGCCAGUCUUUGUUGGUUCUCUGGAAGAUUGGCUUAGACCCGAAGCGAAGUCAUAUCAAGCCCUUCAUUUUCCGAGAAGUCCUUCAUGGCCAAACUACCAAAUGGAGAUUGACCGAUCACUUGCAGACUUUGGCCCUGAAAGUCAGCUGGAGAGAAAGAUCGAAAGGGAACCUGGAAAGGAAUUGGGAUUUAAGCAAGCGGCUGAGGAUCUUCUUCGUGGCAUCCGAUUGCCCGAGGAGCUGCUUGACCUUCUGAGACACGAUGCUGAGCAGCUGGGAAAAACCCUGGCCAUGCUAUGUCCUUGGAACAAACUCUUUCUGCUGAAGCUGGAGCUCAUGGGAGAGCAUAAUUGCCCUCGGUGGCAUCGAGAUAGCUACAUCGGAAGAGGUAUCAUCUCCUACAACCUCUCUGGUACCCAAUACAUUGCAGAGGAACAUGUGAACAUUUGGGAGCUUGAGAAUUGCGGUCACUUGUCUGAAGACAAUAUUGGCUGGUGUAUGAUAUGUAUGUGGGAGCGCACAGGAAUUCGAAUGGGUAGAAUGGGCAGAAUGGCCCAGAAUGGCAACGCCGAAGGCUGUUCAGAAUGGUGA